CCCCCACUGGAAGAACCGCUAGCCACUUUAGCGCCCAAAGCAUUCUGGGUGAUAGGGAAUGUGGCGGUUAUUUCAAGCGAGCAAAACAAAUUUAUUCACCGUUCGAAAAUCUGGUUGAUCGUUGUUCAGGACACGAGGAUUAUGCCAGAAGAAAAAGAAAAGAUUAUUCCUGUGCGUGUAGCCUUGAGAAUAAGGCCACUGGUUCCAAAAGAAACCGGCGAUGGAUGCAAAGAAUGCAUCAGAUGCGUUCCAGGGCAUCCUCAAGUCAUCAUCGGGGAAGACAAAGCUUUCACCUAUGAUUAUGUGUUCCAAACGUUCAGCAAACAAGCAGAUCUCUAUACUAAAACUGUGAUCCCGUUACUGGAGGGAUUUUUCAAAGGAUACAACGCAACAGUGCUGGCCUACGGCCAGACCGGCUCUGGCAAGACUUAUUCGAUGGGCACAGCUUUUGCCAUGAGCACUGAAACGAACGAUGAAAGGGGAGUAAUUCCUAGGCUAAUCGAAACAGUAUUUGACUGGAUUGACGAAAGAAAGGACACAACAGAAUUUUUAUUGAAAGCGUCCUUUUUAGAGGUAUGA